ACAUGUUGGGAUUUAUUUUAUUUUUUUCAAAAAAGAAAAUCUUCCCUCUCCCCUCCUCCAUAAUCAAUACCUGAAACUUCUGAAGAAGAAGCUUCACGCACCAAGUCCUUAUCUCGCCUCCUCGCAAUUGAUAUCUGGCUUUACAAUUUUACCCACUGUCUACUCUCGUUAUAAUUAACAACUGUUGGACAAUAGAUCAGAUCGUUAUUCCUUGGCAAAAUGGCGACUGAAUCAUCGGAGGGAGAAGAAGAAACGAAACUCACGGGAGGGAAUCCGCAACUGGUGGUAGAUGGCGACCUUCGUGAGAUGGCAAAGAUGGCUGCUUGGAGCGUAAGCUCUUGUAAACCCGGCAAUGGCGUCUCUUCUCUUCGGGAUGACAAUUACGAAACCUAUUGGCAAUCAGAUGGCGCACAACCACAUCUCGUUAACAUUCAGUUCCAAAAGAAAGUUAAACUUCAAUUAGUGGCGCUUUAUGUUGAUUUCAAUCUUGAUGAGAGUUAUACACCUAGUAAGAUCUCAAUUCGUGCUGGAGAUGGUUUCCAUAACUUAAAGGAGAUAAAAACAGUAGAACUUGUGAAACCAACUGGUUGGGUACACAUAUCUUUGUCUGGAAAUGAUCCUCGGGAAGCUUUUGUAAAUACCUUCAUGUUGCAAAUUGGUAUAUUGUCGAAUCAUCUUAACGGGAGGGAUACACAUGUCCGCCAGAUAAAAGUUUACGGACCACGACCGAAUCCUAUUCCACAUCAACCAUUUCAGUUUACUUCAAGUGAAUUCAUUACUUACUCAACUGUGAGAUGAAGAAAAUUUAAAAGGCUUGUUGGAUUUUGAUGGUUUACAUGUUAGUUAACUCAGCUGUACCAUUUUAAAUUUAUGGUCAAAGGUUGCUCAAUAUGGUUUUUUUAUUUUUGGAAAAGAAUGGUGUUUAAUGUGUUAUUGAUAACAUUGGCCAUAUGCACUGUUUCUUUUUUUGUCCAAAAUGGGUCAUUUCUUCCCCAAUGAAAUGUUUAUUUAUUUAUGUAAGAAUGGUGGUUUACUUGCA